AUCAUACCUCAUUAAAUAAAAAUAAAAAUGUCCAAGUACAGCAAUCUUAUUAAUCCUGUACUUACAUGCCCAUGGACAUGUAUUGUAUUAACUGUAUUAUUUCUAUGUAAAAAUAAUUAGAAUGUAUCUUACUUAUCAAGUAUACCUGUGAAUUUAAGCAAAAUUACUGACAUUGUCAAAAGGACAUACAGAUUAUCUGUUCCAUUUGCUAUCAGACAAAUGAUAAGAGUUCACGGUAGUUUAUCAAGGUGAAUCAAAAAGUAAACUGAAAUUAGGGGGAGGUUGUAUGUAUAAAAAGGCACAGGUUCAACUGAUGGCUCACUGAGCUCCAGGUGAAGGCAUUGAGCAGACUAACAAUCAUGAAGGCAGCCAUUAUCCUCUGUGCCAUUGUGGCACUCUCUGAGUGCCUCCUCAGGAUCCCUCUGAAUAAGGGGAAGACUGCUAGGGAGAGUCUGGAAGAGCAGGGCCUCUGGGAAGAGUACAGGCAGCAAUUCCCCUACAGACCAAUGGCCAAGUUCGAGUUUGCUGUGGGCACAGAGCAGAUGACUAACGACGCUGAUCUGGCUUACUUUGGGGUGAUCUCCAUCGGUACCCCCCCUCAGUCCUUCAGAGUGAUUUUCGACACUGGCUCUUCCAACCUCUGGGUGCCCUCUGUGUACUGCAGCAGUGCUGCCUGCAACAACCACCACAAAUUCAACCCCAGCCAAUCCUCAACCUUCAGGAAUAUUGGAAAAUCCCUGCAGAUCCAAUACGGAACUGGAAGUAUGACUGGAUUCCUGGGCACUGACGUUGUUGCCGUUGGAGGUAUCCAAGUGCCUCACCAGACGUUUGGACUGAGCCAGAGCGAGGCUCCCUUCAUGGCUCACAUGCAGGCUGACGGUAUUCUGGGUCUGGCCUUCCCCCGCCUGGCUGCCUCUGGGGCUCAGACGGUCUUCAACAACAUGGUGCAGCAGGGCCUGGUGCAGGAUUACUUCUCUGUGUACCUGAGCAGCAACUCUGCGACUGGCAGUGAGGUGACCUUCGGUGGGUAUGAUCCCAGCCACUACACCGGCAACCUCGUCUGGAUCCCCCUGUCUUCUGAGACCUACUGGCAGAUCACUGUUGAAAGUAUGACCGUCAACGGCAAUGUUGUUGCUUGCAAUGGUGGAUGCCAGGCAAUUGUGGACACUGGCACUUCUCUGAUCGUUGGACCAAACAGUGACAUUUCAAGCCUCAACAACGCAGUUGGUGGUGCCUCUGUGAACUGCCAAAACAUUGCAAACAUGCCUGAAGUCACUAUUAACAUCAAUGGACAUGCUUUCACCCUGCCUGCAUCUGCCUACGUCCGUCAGUCCAACUACUAUGGCUGCAGCACUGGAUUUGGCAAUGGUGGGUCUAGCCUCUGGAUCUUGGGUGAUGUCUUCAUUAGGCAGUACUACACCAUCUUCAACAUGUCCAACAACUAUGUUGGUCUUGCCAAGGCUGUGUAAAACCAGCAGGUUCUGGUUGUGAUAGAAACAAUGAAAUCACUUGUAGCUGGAUUGAUUUUGGACCGACUGAAAGUAAUGUUAGUGCCUCAUGCUGAAAGAACACCCAGGCUAUUUAUAUCCAUGUCUAGUCUACAUCAGCACCUGUAAACUGUGAGAAGACUGAAUUGAUUAAAAGUAAUUGCAUCAUAACUGUUUGGUUUCACUUUAUGAAACACAUAUCACACACCUUUGCAAUCAAGUGGGCAACGGACACCUGUUGUUUCUUUG